GGGUUUGGAAGGGCCGAAGGGGCAAUCUCCGCGAGGAGCGUUUUAUUAUUAACAAGAAGAAACCGGCGAAAACCGGCGACGGCGCGGUGGCCAUCUACAUGGAGUCGGCGACGGCGGUGGCGAAACCGAAGGGUAGACAGUGCGCUAUCUGCAAUGAAAGACGCGCCGCCCUGAAACGCCCUAAAACUCUUCAACAAAUAUGCAGGGAGUGCUUCUAUGAAGUUUUCGAGGAGGAGAUCCAUAGGGUUAUCGUCGACAACCAGCUCUUCAGGCCCGGCGAACGCAUCGCUGUUGGCGCUUCUGGCGGAAAAGACUCCACGGUGCUUGCUUAUGUGAUGUCAGAGUUGAAUCGCAGGCACAAUUAUGGCCUGGAUCUCUUCCUGUUAUCUGUGGAUGAAGGUAUCACUGGUUACAGGGAUGAUUCUCUUGAAACUGUUAAAAGAAAUGAAAUCCAGUAUGGACUUCCAUUGAAAGUUGUUUCCUAUAAGGAGCUGUAUGGAUGGACAAUGGAUGAAAUAGUAAAGUUGAUAGGUCUGAAGAACAACUGCACUUUUUGUGGUGUUUUCCGUCGCCAGGCCCUUGACCGUGGUGCUGCAUUGCUAAAAGUGGACAAGCUAGUAACUGGGCAUAAUGCAGAUGAUAUAGCUGAAACAGUUCUUCUGAACAUAUUACGUGGUGAUAUUGCCAGGUUGAGUAGGUGUACAUCUAUAGUUACUGGAGAAGAUGGACCUAUUCCUAGAUGCAAGCCUUUCAAAUACACAUACGAGAAGGAAAUUGUUAUGUAUGCAUACUUUAAAAAGUUGGAUUACUUCUCCACUGAAUGCAUUUACUCUCCAAAUGCAUACCGUGGCUUUGCUCGUGAGUUCAUCAAGGAUUUAGAGAGAAUCAGACCACAAUCCAUACUGGAUAUCAUCAAAUCUGGUGAGGACUUCAGGAUCUCGACUUCCGCAAAAAUGCCAGAACAAGGAAAUUGCGAACGAUGUGGUUACAUAUCCAGCCAGAAAUGGUGUAAAGCAUGUGUUUUGCUGGACGGACUAAAUCGGGGUUUACCCAAACUGGGAAUUGGGCGUAGCCGAGGACUUAAUAGUGAUCAUACCAAGAAUACAAAACAAGCUAAUGGCACCAAGAAUUUGCAGAGCAAACAGUGUGGAAGUUUGGACUUCUGAUGCACAUUUACAAAUCAAUUAAAGAAUUUGCAACAGAGUAUUAAUAUUAUCCCUGCUUCCCUUGACCAUCUACUACCCCCAUUUCUUCAUCAUUCCUACAAACUCUUCAUAGUUAAUAUUCCCGUCCUGCAUAGUAAUUGAACAGAACAUAGCUUUUAGGCGUCACUACUGAAGAAACUAUAACGGGAAGGAGGGGAUAAAGUUUUUCUGUGAGUUUAUACUUUAUUUGUAUCUACAUCAUUGAGGAUUUCAUCAA